AGUAUUUGAAAUGAAUGUAGACAAUAGAAGAUUUACUCUGGUGUGUCUACUCUAGGUGUCCUUGAAUGUGUCCAAAGGGGUCCUGACUACGGAGAAUCUAGCUGAAGGUGUGAAGGUCCAAGGUGGUGGUGGGACUAGACUGAUUAUGGAGUCUAGCAGCCUGGUGAUCCUCAACGACACGCUGGCUAAAGUGUCCUAUACCAGCACUGUCUACCAUAUACACACUGGAGACCUCGCAUCCUUCCAGUUUGAAAACCACGAAGCUGUGUUUCCCAUUACCAUCAAACAGCCUCAGCUGCCAGUGCUGCACGACAUGGGGACAGAUAUCAACUCUCACGUCACCAUCGCCACAAAGACAUUUCUGCGCUACCCACAACUCAAGUUGUUGUUGAGUAGCAUCCGGCGUUUCUAUAGCAACAUAGAAGUCAUCAUCGCAGAUGACAGCUUUGAACCAGAGCACAUUACUGGAGAACACAUCCGGCAGUACUUAAUGCCUCCAGCACAGGGCUGGUUUGCUGGCAGGAAUCUGGCCGUCUCCCAGGUAACCACCAAGUACUUCCUGUGGGUGGACGAUGACUUUUUGUUCACGGAGAACACAAAGAUAGAGAAGCUGGUGGAGGUGAUGGAGGCGGUCCCAGAACUGGACGUGCUAGGUGGGACAGUACAAGGGAACCAGUUUUAUUUCUCUCUUCUCUAUGAGGAAGGAGAGGAAAUGGAAGGUGGCUGCUUGUACAGGAAGUCUCAAGGGAAGUUCCAAUCACUUUCUGGUUACCCACGAUGCUUUCUGGCCAGUGGGGUGGUCAACUUCUUCCUGGCUCGCACAGAUGCCGUCCAGAGGGUGGGAUUUGACCCUAAGCUCCAGAGGGUAGCGCACUCAGAGUUCUUUAUGGAUGGCCUGGGCUCGUUGCUGGUCGCCACGUGUGACCAUGUGUCCAUUGACCAUCAGCCCAAAACAGGCAACGACAAGGACAAGGCUCACUACGCCCGUUUUAGACACCCUGGAAACAGUGACAUGGAGUUCAAACUGCAGCUUCACUUUUUCAAAAACCACCUAAAGUGUGUCAGAUAUGGAUAGACGACUACAAGAGGACAUUGGGUUACAUAUUUCCCUGCAGUUAUUCAAAUAAAUAGUUCUGAUUCUGGAUGGUAAAACCAGGUCUGAACAGUCUCCCUAUUUAUGAAUCUCCUUACAAUGUCGCCCCCUCUGGGAUAGGGAGAGACUCUUUUAAUACCAAUAAACCAGAGAAUUGCUGCUUAAAGUUAAAUGCAGGGCCUGUAUGAAUGCAAUUUUAAGUUAAGUUUUUAAUUAGAAAUCUUUUUCUCUCUUUAUCUUCCAAAAUGUAUUUCAUUUUAUGUUUGUUUAAGCUUUUU